AGCAGUCUGCUUCCCCCGGCACUGAUCGCCCUCUUAUCCAUAUAUCUUUCCGUCUCUGCAAAUUAGAUUUCUGUUUCUCCUCCUCUCCUGCCCUCCCUUCCUUCUCUUCCUAUAUCUCUCUGCAGGGAAAAUGGCAGGUGGGGGGAAGUCGUAUGACUUGGAGUACACGCCUACAUGGAUCGUAGCAGCUGUUUGUUCCGCCAUCAUCAUCAUCUCCCUCUUCCUUGAAAGGCUGCUUCACUACCUCGGAAAGUUGAUGAAGAAGAGGAGUGAAAAGUCGCUGUAUGAAGCAGUGUUGAAGGUCAAAGAAGAGCUGAUGCUGCUGGGUUUCAUAUCCUUCUUGCUGACGGUCUUCCAAGGUAGAAUCAGUCACAUAUGCAUCCCCAGAAGCUACCUUCAUCAUAUGCUGCCGUGCAGGAGGGAAGAUGACCGCCGGCCGGGGGACGGGGACGAGCCCGGCCACUUCCAAGUAAUGGGAAAAGCAAUGAGACACCUUCUCGCGGACACAGAUUCCGAAGAACAUUGUGAGGCUGAACAUGGAAAAGUGCAACUAUUGUCGCUUGCAGCAAUACAUCAGCUGCACAUUUUUAUCUUUAUCUUGGCCAUCACUCACGUUGUUCUCAGUGUUGUUACCAUAUGUUUGGGUGGUUUGAAGAUUCGUCAAUGGAAAACUUGGGAGGACUCAAUUGCAAAGAAUAACUACAAUGAAGAAAUUAACAAUGUCAAUGCAGAAGCCAAGGUCACACAUGUUCAAAACCAUGCUUUCAUCAAGGACCACUACUUAGAUUCAAGCAUAUUAAGUUGGUUGCAUUCCUUCCUAAAACAAUUUCAUUCAUCAAUAUCCAAGUCUGAUUACAUCACACUGCGGUUGGGGUUCAUUAUGACGCAUUGCAGUGGGUUCCCAGAAUUCAAUUUCCACAGGUGUAUGGUGCGUGCAUAUGAAGCUGAUUUUAAGAAAGUUGUCGGCAUAAGCUGGUAUCUAUGGGGAAUUGUCAUUCUCUUCUUAUUAAUGAAUGUUGAGGGGUGGCAUACAUUUUUCUGGAUAACGCUCGUUCCUUUAGUUCUUCUGUUAGCCGUGGGUACAAAACUCGAACAUGUAAUCACUCAGUUGGCUAGAGAAGUUGCCGAGAAACACAGUGCAGUAGAAGGAGACUUGGUGGUCCAGCCCUCAGACGAUCACUUCUGGUUCAACAGACCUCGCCUCGUCCUCCACCUGAUUCACUUCAUCCUCUUCCAGAAUGCCUUCGAGAUCGCCUUCUUCUUUUGGUUGUGGCUCACCUACGGCUUCCGCUCUUGCAUUAUGGGGAAAGUCGGCUAUGUGAUUCCCAGAUUAGUUUUUGGGGUGAUUAUCCAAGUUCUAUGCAGCUUCAGCACCCUUCCACUUUACGCCAUCGUCACCCAGAUGGGGAGCUCGUAUAAUAAGGCGAUCUUCGGCGAGCAUGUCCAAGAGAACCUUUCUGGAUGGGCCCAAAAGGCCAGGAGAAAAGCCGUCGGUCCGAUGAGCAAACCAGCAACACCAUUCAUGGCUUCGAACACUCACGCAGGGAACAGAUCGCCUGAUGAGAUUCAGCUACAAGAAGCCCCUUUGGUCCAUUCAGUUCCAUACAAUAAUCCUUGACAUGCAGCCGCUUAUGCAUAUCCGUUGGCAGGCAAAGUCGAUGCUAUAGUAGCCAAGGAAGGACCUGUAGAAGCAAAUCAAUGAGACCCAAGCAUCCGCCGGCCAAACUCUGUUUAGUUUUCCUCUCUUGUGAUUUUUAAAUUAAAAACAAAAAGGAAUGAAGAAGUCAGUUAUGAUUCUAGGCCACUCGGCAAACGCUUGUCCUUUUGUUUCUGUUUUCCUUUUUCCUUUUCGGAAGGUUGAAUGUUCAUCUUUGCGUAUAAAACACUGCUUGACGUUGGUGGAAGAUGAUCAACCAUUGAAAACUUGUAUAUAGGUCAAGAGUUUUAAGGCAAAGCAUCUCCAUUUGAGAA